AUGAAGAUGGCCAACCACACAGAGGUGAGAGAAUUUGUUUUCCAAGGUUUCUCCAACUUCCAUGAGCAUCAACUCACACUCUUCAUUGUGUUUCUGAUCGUGUACAUCCUAACUCUGGCUGGCAAUAUCAUCAUUGUGACUGUGAUCCGUAUCGAUCACCACCUCCACACCCCCAUGUACUUCUUUCUAAGUGUUCUUUCCACGUCGGAGACUUUCUAUUCCCUGGUCAUUAUCCCACGCAUGCUUUCUGGCCUUGUAGGUCUGAGCCAAUCCAUCUCCUUGGUGGGCUGUGGGACUCAGCUCUUUUUCUUCCUUGGUUUUGCCAUCAACAACUGCUUCUUGCUAGCAGUAAUGGGGUUUGAUCGCUACGUGGCCAUCUGCAACCCUCUUCGUUACUCAGUCAUCAUGAACUGGAGGGUCUGUACCAUCCUGGCAUCCUCGGUCUGUGCCUCAGGGUUCUUGCUCUCUCUGAUUCAGGCCGUGGCCAUUUUCAGACUGUCUUUUUGCAACUCACUGAUUGAGCAUUUCUUCUGUGAUGUUCCACCUGUGUUGGACCUAGCCUGUGCUGCUCCAAUCCUUAACGAUAUCCUGACCUUAAUUAUCACCCUGUUGGCCCUCACAGCCCCUUCCACCUUCAUCUUCAUCACUUACAUCCUCAUCAUCGCCACCAUCCUCAAGAUCGCCUCCGCUGAGGGCCGGAAGAAGGCCUUCGCCACCUGCGCCUCCCACCUCACAGUGGUCAUUGUCCACUAUGGCUGUGCCUCCAUUGCCCACUUCAAGCCCAGGUCUGAGGACAACAGGGAUCAGGAUCUGUUAAUCUCAGUGACCUACACAGUAAUAACACCUUUACUGAACCCUGUGGUGUACAGUCUGAGAAACAAAGAAGUCCAGGAUGCUCUGAGAAGGUUGAUGGGUAGGAAAUCCCUUCAUUCGGCCCAUGAUUUAAUGGAGAGAGAGAACCACAGCUGGGUGGGCGAGUUCACUUUUCAGGGGUUCUCCAGCUUCCGCGAGCACCAGCUCACCCUGUUUGUGGUGUUCCUUGCACUGUACGCUUUAACCCUGACUGGCAAUGUCAUCAUUGUGAGCAUCAUUAGUGCUGACCGUCACCUCCACACGCCCAUGUACUUCUUCCUGAGCAUGUUGUCUGCCUCAGAGACUGUGUACACGCUUGUCAUUAUACCCAAGAUGCUCUGUAACCUCCUGGGCCUGAGCCGGCCCAUCUCCUUGGCUGGCUGUGCCACCCAGAUGUUCUUCUUCAUCACCUUGGCCAUCAACAACUGCUUCCUGCUCACAGCCAUGGGGUAUGACCGCUAUGUGGCCAUCUGCAACCCCUUGAGGUACACGAUCCUCAUGAACAAGAGGGUGUGCCUCCAGUUGGUGGGGGCGGCCUGCAGCAUUGGCCUCAUCGUAGCCAUGACACAGGUGCUGGCUGUGUUCAGGUUGCCCUUCUGUGCCACAAAGGUCGCCCACUUCUUCUGCAACAUCCGACCGGUGAUGAAGCUCUCCUGCAUCGACACCACGGUCAAUGAGAUCUUGACGUUGAUCAUCAGUGUGCUGGUGAUCUUGGUUCCCAUGGGGCUGGUCUUCAUCUCCUACGUCCUCAUCAUCUCCAGCAUCCUCAAGAUUGCCUCAGCCGAGGGCCGGAAGAAGGCCUUUGCCACCUGCGCCUCCCACCUCACGGUGGUCAUUGUCCACUAUGGCUGUGCCUCCAUUGCCUACCUCAAGCCCAAGUCCGAGAAUACCAGGGAUCAGGAUCAGCUGAUCUCAGUGACGUACACGGUCAUCACCCCCCUGCUGAACCCUGUGGUGUACACCCUGAGGAACAAGGAGGUCAAGGAUGCUCUGCUCCGGGCCACGGGCAGGAAGCCUUCCUGA